AUGAAGGAGGUGGUGGAAUGGUCAUCCAAAGAUGUGCUAGAAUGGCUGACGGAACAUGGCAUGCAAGAAUAUACUGAUGCAUUUCAGAAUAAGCUCGAUGGCCUGGGCUUAUUAAGACUUUCUCGAGAGGAUUUCCAUAGGCCACCGCUGUCUCUUGUUGCAUCAGAUAAUGGACAGCAAUUGCUGGAAAAAAUAGAAACACUAAAGAUGGAACAUCACAUAGAAGUGCACAAGAAUGGACAUGCCAAUGGUGAUCUUCACAUGAGUUCCCUGAAAGCCGACAGCCAGAAUGGCAUCCAUAAUAAAACCAAAAGAACUGGGUUGGCCAAUGGUUACCGAAAAGAAGCGAUUCAAAUCAGUAUGCCAGAACAGGAGUGGCUUCCAUCUUCUCUGGAAUGGUGGAAGACUGGUGUGGCUUUCCUUUAUGCACUUUCCUGUUUUAUACUUACAACAGUGAUGAUAUCAGUUGUCCAUGAACGUGUGCCUCCCAAGGAGGAACAGCCACCUUUACCGGACAAAUUUUUUGAUUAUUUUAACCGGGUGGAAUGGGCCUUUUCCAUCUGUGAGAUUAAUGGCAUGAUACUUGUGGGAUUAUGGCUGGUUCAGUGGGUGCUAAUGGAAUACAAAUCCAUUGUUGGCAGGAGAUUCUUCUUCAUAGUUGGCACCCUUUACCUAUACAGAUGUAUCACAAUGUAUGUAACAACACUCCCAGUGCCUGGCAUGCAUUUCAGCUGUUCUCCAAAGCUCUUUGGAGACGUGGAAGCACAGUUCAGGAGAAUUAUGAAGAUGAUAGCUGGAGGUGGGCUGUCUAUCACAGGAGCGCACACCAUGUGUGGAGACUACCUGUACAGUGGGCACACAGUUAUGUUAACACUCACCUACUUAUUUAUCAAAGAAUAUUCUCCGAAAGAUUGGUGGUGGUAUCACUGGUCUUGCUGGAUUCUCAGUAUUGUUGGGGUUUUCUGCAUUCUUCUGGCACAUGACCACUACACUGUGGAUGUAGUGGUUGCAUAUUAUAUCACUACACGUCUAUUUUGGUGGUACCAUACCAUGGCCAACCAGCAAGUAUUAAAGGAAGCCUCCAAGACUAAUUUUCUAUCUCAAGUGUGGUGGUAUAAGUUAUUUUGUUUUUUGGAAAGCAACGUUCAAGGCAUUGUACCUCAUACAUACCAUUUGCCAUUUUCCUGGUCAUCCAUAUCACAGUUCUUCGGAAAAAAAAUUAAAUACAGCAGAUUAGUGACUGAUACAUAACACUAGGUACCUUCGAGGACUGUGCCAUGUGCUGAAACAUCCCUUUGAGCUGAUGCCAUUUUGAAGUUUCUGCUAAUUCAUGUCUUGCAAUGUUCAUUUUUACUAAAAUGUUCCAAUUAACUGGUCAGCACUGUGAUUUAUCCAAAGGACUCUAGAACAAAAGCGGUUGACAUGCACUGUAUAAUCUUUUGUUAAUUGUUUGUUGGUCUUUGAUAUUUGCCAUAAACACAAAAUCACGUUCAAUUGUGUUCGAUAUUUACCGCAUCAUUGGCAAUUGUUCUGUCUGCUCGUGUCUUAUUUAGCUUAUGUUUGCAAAUGUGUUUGGGAUAAAUUGUAUUUUUUCAAUCAGAAAUUUAUCUUCAAAGAAUCAUGCCCCAAAGACUGGGCUUAAAGCCAUUCUCUUAGAAAUAUUUAGCUAUAUAAAAAUGUUGGUGACUAUAAGAACUGGGUUCUGUAUGUAUUUUAGAACCUGUGGCAAAAGAAACGUGCAAAAAUAUUUUAUAAAACUAAUUCUUGAUAUUUAUGUUAAAUGAACAUGGCAGUGCAAAAAAACAAAACAAAUCUUCACAGUAAUUUUCCAAGUACUGAGAAGUCUGCAUAAAACACUCGUAGCAAGAAUAAAAUCAACACUGGGUGGAAAUUUUGACUGAUAGCUUUCUAGUGCCUUUUCAUGUCCUGAUUGUACAGUCAGUAGGUGGUCUCAGAUAUAGUAUAUGAAAAUUCAAAAACCUAAAUGUAUGUUACCUUGAGUAUCGAGUUAAUAAUUAACUGUUGCAGAAUUGCAAAAUGUAAGCUCAACACUGAGCAUUCAAUUAUGUAGUUAUUGUUUUUGCACUCCUUGUCUUUUGAAUACUUUGAGAUAUUGGGUGCAAAAUAAAUUAUGGUAAUAUUCAAUUCACUAACUGUGGGCAUGUCCUGUUAGCUAUAUUACUGUACAAGUAAAUUAUUUUAUUAUAUAAAUGGGAAGUAUGACACAGCAAAUCUAACUGUUAGUUUUUGACUUCCUUUUUACAGAUUUUGCAUUUUUCUUAAGUAUCAAGUCAUAACAUGAAGGUGAAAUACAUUUGUGUGCAGAGGUUAUUGUACUAGCAAAGUAUUCAUGCUCCUCUGACUUGUUGGUAAAAAAUCAGCUGCAGAGAUACUCUAUUUCUAUAAAUUUUAUUAUAUUUGUGCAAAUAAUGCAUGUAGUCUUUAAAUCUCACCCAAAUCAGAAGUCGUGAAAAUGAAGUCUACUUGCCAAUGUGAGAAAUAGUUUUUUAUUGAUAAAUAUAUGAUCUCCAUUCUGUAUUUUAUGUGAAAGAAAAUUCUUUUCUGUAGUUUUGUGAAUACACGAGGUGAUAUUUGUAUUGUAAAACAAUUAUGAAGGAUGAACAAUAAAAAGCUUUAAAUGUAA